AUGCUUUCAUUCAAUUUUGCAUUUCUACCACUUUCCUUAGUGUUUACAGCUGGUGUGGGAGUUCAUGCUAGCAUCAAUACAGGCGCUUGGCCUUCUGAUAGCGGGAAGCUCGAUAAAGUCAUCGCAGCCCUAACACCAGAAGAGAAGAUUUCACUUCUUGCUGGGGCUAAUUAUGCUGGAAGUGAGAAUUAUGCCGGAUAUUUGACUGGAGUUCCUCGGCUGGGGAUUCCUCCCCUUCAGCUAGCUGAUGGCGAAGCUGGAAUCAAUGGCGUCCAAGAUGCCACUGCCAUUCCAAGCCAGAUAAAUGUUGCUGCGACUUGGUCUAGGGACAUGGCAAAAUCCGCUGGCCAUGUCACUGGCCUGGAGGCCCGACUACUCAAAGCUGGCGUUGCUCUUGCCCCACGUGUCAACCUCCUUCGUGAUCCUUUUGACGGAAGCUCCUGGCAGGCGUAUUCGGAAGAUGCCUACCUGAAUGCCCAGCUCGGAGCGGAGGCAGUUCGCGGCAUCCAGGCCGAGGGAACAAUGGCCAAUACCAAGCAGAUAGGCCCAUCUAGCAGUGGUGCCAGUAGUGGCGAUACAAAUUCUCAAGUUGAUUUGCAGGUACUUCAUGAGAUAUACUGGCAGCCCCAUGAGGCCUUGGUGGAUGCAGGGGUUGCUACUAUGAUGUGCUCGUAUGCCCAGGUCAACGGAGUGCCUGCUUGUCAGUCUCAAGAGCUCAUGAAUCGCACUGUGCGUGGAGACUUUGGGUUCCAAGGCAUCAUCAUGAGUGACUGGGGUGCCACGCACUCAACAGCUCCGAGCAUCGAGGCUGGCUUGAAUUUGGAAAUGGGAUCCAGAGCAUACUACACUACACCUCUGUACGAUGAUGUCUAUGUUCAUCACAAUCUAUCGGAGACCUAUGUUGAUCGUGCACUCCACCAAAUCCUCUCUACCUACGAUCGAUUUGGCUUAAUUGGCCAAAAUCGCACUGCGCUCGAUAUGGUUCCAAAUCCCUUGCCACAAGCGGUGAUUGAGCAGUCAGCUGCAGUUUCUUAUGAUAUCGCUUGCCGAUCUGGAGUCCUCUUGAAGAAUGACCAUCAAGUGCUCCCUCUUUCAAAGGAUAUUUCCAAACUUGCUGUCAUUGGCCCAGCCGCCUUCCAGUACAACCAUGGCGCAGGAUUUGCCGAGCGAGCAUAUGGCAUCCCCUCACGACUCAAAAGCUCCCUGGAUGCGAUUCAGCAAAUUACUGGCAAUGACCACAUUAUUACAUCAUCUGGUGUUGAUGUUCAUGGCAGCACAGUCCCUGCUAAUUUUCUGGUCCAAGAGAAUGGGCAGCCUGGUAUAGUUCGGACAAACUCAGCCGGUGAAACCUCGGUUGAUUCUCAGAUAAAAUUUUCCGGAGAUUCAGCCUUACCAGGAAAUACUUCAUACAACUGGGCUGGAUUUCUCAAAGCAAGUGAGACUGGCUACUACCGUAUUUCGCUGCAACGGCGCUUCCCAAACGUCGGUGGAGGAUUGAAUGAUUCGAGUUAUCUAAGCGUUUUUUCUGUUCAUUCAUUUACUGUCAAUGGGUCUGCAAUUGACGGUUAUCGAAUGCUGGGAGAUGGUGGAGCCCGACCCUGGAGCUCACCACUUGCUACCAAAGAUGGUUGGGACGAUGUUGGCACAGACGUCUAUCUUACGGCUGGCCUCCACAACAUCACUGUGAGUGUCACCAGGGUAUUUGGGGACCCGGUAGAGGUUCGUCUGAACUGGGUUACUCCAGCCCAGCGAGAACAAAAUAUUCGCGAGGCAGAGAAGAUUGCAUCCAACGCCAAGGUGCCAAUCAUUUUUGCACAUGCCAACAGCCCUGCAGAAGUGGGAAUGCAGCUUAUCCAUGGGUUCGACGAGCUUAUCUCACGAGUUGCCGCCAUCAAUCCAAAGACUGUCGUGGUACUCAAUAAUGCCGAUCCCGUGCUGAUGCCUUGGCUCGAUCACGUCUCGUCGGUUCUUUGGAUGGGAAAUCCUGGUCAAGAAGGUGGCCGUGCUACUGCUGCACUUCUAUUCGGUGACCACAAUCCCCAAGGCAAACUGACGGUCACGUACCCGCAGUCUGUCAACGACACUGCUACCAGAAACCCAAAGUAUCCGGAGCGUAUGGCUACUGCGAGCGGAACUGCAGUCUUCUCAGAAGGCAUCAACUCAGCUUACCGAUGGUAUCUGAGCACCAACACUAGUGUUCUCUUCCCUUUUGGCUAUGGGCUAUCAUACACCUCUUUCAAGUACCGCAACCUGGAUAUCAAAAAGAAAUCAGGUUCUACUUUCGAGGUCUCUGUUCGCAUCACAAAUACUGGCUCUCGACCUGGUGUGGAGAUCCCCCAGGUUUAUAUUGGUCCGCCAGAAGAUGCUGGCUCUAAAUAUCCGGGCUAUCAAUUCGCCGUCUCUGCUCUAGUUGGAUUCGAUGACGUGCUUAUCUCCCCUGGAGCCACAAAGACUGCUAGCUUUCUCAUCUCAGAGCGGCAGCUCAGCUUCUGGCGCCAAAGCGACCGCAGCUGGGUACUUGCUCGUGGUAAACGCUCUGUAUGGGUGGGAACUGAUGCUGAGAAGAGGGUCUUGGUGGGACAUAUUGAAGUCUAA